CGCCUGCUCCUGGCAGGAAGGGGGCGGUGAAGGGACACGCAGCCUCCCCCAGAAGAAACGCGCGUGGAACAAGCCUCCUCUCGCGCCCAAGCCUCGCCGCCAACUUUCGGAGCGGAAAGAGAGCCAGCACGCUCUUGGGGAAACUGCACAUUAGGAGAAACUCAGACAUCAGGAGUGUUUGGUCUUCACAACUGCUGGCUUAAUGCAAUAUGGAAACCUCACUGACCAUGGACUGAUGCCUCCGCCACCCGGGGCUUUGCACUGCAUAUCUUUAAGAGAGCGACUCUUUCACAAUGAAUGUAAGGUCAUGCAGUAUGAGCCAUCGGACAACAAGUACUCCUCACAGGUCCAAGAUGGUAAACGGACUUCAUAUCCCACCUAUCCGAGCUCAUGUAGGAACUUCUUGCUUGUCAACUAGUGUUAGUACCCCAAGCCCAGCUAUUGGGAUCCUGUCCAGCAACUUUCAUUUAAAGGCAUCUCUUGGAGGAAGCAUUGCCCCACCGAACAACAUUGUUGAUUCCAAUAUUCAUUUCCCUGCUUUAAGCCCCAGGAGACAAACAGUUACAAGUGGGAAGCCUUCGUUCCAAGUCCCACAACCUCCAGGAUUGACAGCACCACAGUUUUUGAAGCCAAAGCAGCAAGAAUUUGAAAAUAGUUUUACUACCAGCACAGUUAAAGGGGGUCUUGCCUGUGGGCCUCGGUGCAAGUCCAUUGGAAAAAGCAGCUGCAACAAUUUAAUUGUUACCAGCAGUCCAAUGAUGGUUCAGAGACUGGGACCUCCAUCUCCUCCAGCACAACAGGUCUCAACGGGAUGCAACCAAAUCAGCCCUAGUUUACAGAAGGCUAUGAAUGCUGCAAACCUAAAUAUACCUCCAUCUGAUACAAGAUCCCUGAUGUCACGGGAAUCUUUGGCAUCCACAACAUUAAGCCUAUCUGAAAGUCAAUCAAUACAGAAUGUCAAACAAGAAUGGCUUCACGGUUAUAGGAUUUUUCCUUCUUUUCCUUCCAAUCAAGGCUCACAAAACAGCAGUGAGUCAGGUGAUAUACCAAGUGUCACAUCCGGCAUGUCCAUGUCCAACAACGUUUCUAACUCAUUGCCAUCUUACCUGUUUGGUGUGGAGAGCAGUCAUUCACCUUAUCCUAACCCCCACCAUUCUUCAGCAAGGUCUCAUUCAGCCAAAAAGAGGGCCCUCUCCCUGUCCCCUUUGUCUGAUGGCAUUGGGAUUGACUUCAAUACAAUCAUCCGCACAUCUCCCACCUCUCUUGUUGCUUACAUAAAUGGUUCAAGGACAUCUCCAUCAAACCUGUCUCCUCAGCCUGAGGUCUAUGGGCAUUUCUUGGGAAUAAGAGGAAGUUGCAUCCCCCAAACAUGCUCGAUUCCUAAUCCCAAAAAAAGACUUUUAGUGGCUAAUGGCACUGUCACCUUCCCAGGGUACCAUGAAAAUGGAAAUACUGAAUACCAACGCAUGCAACAGUUGGAGCAAAACAUCCUGCAGCCAGUGGUCACAAACAACAUGGUGGUUCAACAAGGUAUUUCCCUUCUAGACAACCAAUCUGUGGGUAUGUUAAAGAGUGGGUGUAUGGAUAGUUUUUCUGGAAACACCAAUGAGACAUCCUCUGCUUCUCCGUUGACUACUCCUGUUCUUCCUCUGCCACAUGGCCCACCACCUCCAUACCAUGCACAUCAGCAUGAACUCAUAAACCAUUCUCACCAGCUUUCCUUGACACCAUCCAUCCAAGGUUCUCUGUUAGAUGAUGAUGGUGAACUGGAUGAUUUUAAUGGCAAACACUGUUGUCGCUGGAUAGACUGCAAUGCUACCUAUGACUUGCAAGAAGAACUUGUACGGCAUAUAGAGAAAGUUCACAUAGACCAAAGGAAAGGAGAGGAUUUCACUUGUUUCUGGGCUGGGUGCCCGCGAAGAUACAAGCCAUUUAAUGCCCGCUACAAACUUCUGAUUCACAUGAGAGUGCAUUCAGGAGAGAAGCCAAACAAAUGUACGUUUGAAGGUUGCAAGAAGGCCUUUUCUAGACUAGAAAAUCUCAAGAUUCACUUGAGGAGCCACACCGGAGAAAAGCCUUACCUUUGCCAGCACCCAGGCUGUCAAAAAGCAUUCAGUAAUUCAAGCGACCGAGCCAAACACCAGAGGACGCACCUGGACACUAAACCUUAUGCUUGCCAGAUUCCUGGAUGUACCAAACGAUACACCGAUCCAAGUUCUUUAAGAAAGCAUGUAAAGGCCCAUUCCUCCAAAGAUCAGCAGGCCAGGAAAAAGUUGCGUUCCAACACAGAAAUUGACCAAGACAUUCUCAGUGACUGCCUCACCAUCCAAACUCUUCAGCCAUCCACAUCUCCACAUGAUGCUGCAGAUAGCAGUGUAAGACGAUCACCAGGACUGGUGCCUGACAUUUACACAGCUGCACUGUUCUCAAGUAAUCAGUCAAGCCGAAGUGCCACGGCUGUAGGUGCUCUGACCCCGUCACUCUCUGUGAGUCACAGUUCACCAGGACACAACAUUCAUGGUGGCCCAGGCAACCCACCAAUCCAAGGACUCCCUCUCGCUACAGGGGACUCUGGAAAAGAGAGAUUUUCCACAUCCGUUUCUUUUUCUCCUCAUCAUAUAAGCUCCAGGAGAAUUUCUGUUCCCUCUCCCUUGAUGCAGAAAGGGACAGCACAGUGCUCUCAUGGCCAGCAACUUGUGGGGACCCAUUUGAAGGUGUAUGACCCAUCAAAACACCCCUCUGUUCAGCCAAACAGCAUUCAAAUCCAAGGUGUUUAUGGCCAACUGCAAACUUUCUGUUCUCCACAUUAUACUGACAAUCAAAGAAAUAUUCAACACGUUGGAACUUGUAAUAUGGUCCCUCCUUUUGAAGACUGCCUUGUACCCACAUCUGUGGGGCAAGCUGGUCUUGAUGUUUUCCAUAGAGCAUUUUCAGCACAUUCUGGUAUUGCAGUGUAUGAUCUUCCAUCUGGCUCCACUGGUAUCUUUGGUGAUCCAUUAUGCAAUGGGGCCGAGGACAACAGUUUCCUUCAGAUAAAUGCUGUAGAUCGCUGCCCUAGUCAACUUUCUUCUGUUUAUACUGAAGGCUGAGAAAACACAAAUAACAAUUCUCCAUCUAGCUCCCAUGAGAACCACUGUAUUAUAGAUCAUUUUUUUCUUGAUCAGAAAACAAGUACUAAAGGUAUGACACUUAAAAAAAAUGGAAGAAAACCCACCACUAUCAUCAUCAGAAAGACUCAGCUUCACAGUUGCAGCUAAUAUCUGGGGUUGUGGAAGAUGUUGGUUCAAAGGUUAUUUACCAAAGUGUGAACAGUCAUUUAUUAGGUUCAGCCUUUUCUGUGGCAAACCUCUUUCCAAAGGGAACAGAAAAGAAAACUACUGCUUGAUACAUUUUUAAUUGAAUUAUCUGCAUUUUGAAACUGAUAUUUUAAAAAUCUGUUGUAAGUACUAUAUGAAAAUGAACCAGAACUAUAAAUUGUAAACCUCCUGUCAAAAGAGAGCUUCUUAUGUAAUGAGCCAGUCUAAGGUGCUUUGAAAUUUAAGUACAUAAUCCCACGUGUAAGAGGGCAAAAAGGGAAAAGCAUGUGUUUUUCAGACCUGCUGUGGUACCAGUUGGUAGUGGUAAUAGUACUGCUUCGAUUUUUUUUCUAAAAUAUUGUUGCUUCUGGAUUUGUUAAUACUCUUUAAUACUCUUAACAACACAGUAUUAUCUGCAUUAGCCUUAAGACAUGAAUGUUUGUGGUUUCUCAACAUUUUGUCGGAGUAAAUUCAUUCUGCUGGGUAUAAAUACUGCUCUAUAAUUUAAUUAAUUAAUAUUUCAAUUUCAUAUAUAUAGUAUUAAUUUAUUUUUUAAAGCACACACAUUCUGAGUAGGUUUUCCAUACCAACCUGUGGAAAUAUGUCUUGCCUAAGAAAUGUCACCAAAGCUUAAUUCCUUAAUAAUCCAAUAGGUAGUUAAGGUGCAGUGGUUUGACCAUUGAACUAUGACUCUGUAGACAAGGGUUUGAAUCCUUGCUCAACCAUAAAACCAAUGGGCAAGUCACAUCUUCUCAACCUUGAAGGAACACCAUGGCAUACUCUUCUGAUCAAAUUUUACAAAGAAAGGCCUGUGAUAGGGUCACCAUAGGUCAGAAAUGACUUGGAGGCACACAAUAACAACAACAACAACAGGUAAGGCUCAGUCUGUACAAAAUGGGGUUCUAGUCAUUUGGUUCCAUUUUUACAAAUUUUGUUGGCCAUGUUAGCUUUUCUGUAGUCCUUCAGUCAUUUUAAUUAGCAGAUGACUAAAUCUAGGAGAAAACAGUUGUAGGCAGAUAUGAGGCCCCUGCAUAAUUCUGCUGGAAUUUUUGCUAUGUUUUGGUUAGUUAACAUCCUUGAUUUCAGCAAUUAUUUUUGAAGAAGUUAAAAGCGCCACUUCUCCCUGCCUACAAAUAGAUGGUAAUUUUUUUUUACUAGUAAAACAGAGCAGGCAAAAUAAGGAAAAUCAGGAGCUGUUUUCCCCCAUUAAUAUUCCUCCUGUGUUCCACAUUUCAGAAAUAAACAUAUUGGGUACAUUCCUGGUAAAUUUAUGAGUGUCUAAUUGCCACUGAAAUGAAUAUGGUUAAUUACUCUUAAGCAUUUCUAAUUUUGAGAAUUACAUCAAUUAGAACAGGAUGACUUUUAGCAGUCUUCAGAUGAUGACAUUGUUUUGUGGAGCGUAGCACAUGCAGUCACAAUGUCUAUUCAUUUUUGUACCAUCACCUGACAUUAAGAACACAUCAUCACCCACAACUGAAAUGGUGAGGAAUGUCCCUUAUCAGUAGGUUUCCACUGUUUUACUAUUAUUUAAUACAUUAGUCCUAUAUAGAGUGCUUGCUAAAUCAGAGUUUACUGAAGGAAUUCAUUCUUACUUGGUUUUGAGACUGAAUAGAUUCCAAAGUUUUACUUUAUUCCUACAGGUUUUGUUGAAAAGAGCAUGUUAUAUUACUAACUUGCACAUUGAUGGAUGAUCUUAGAAGGGUUCACGGUAGUAUCAAGAUGAAUCCCUUCGCUUUGCACCACAGGCAGCCAGAAUAAAAUAUUUCAGUAUUUCAUUACAUUUCUAAUUGCUGAACAAUGUUACUUAUUUUAAAGGAGGUAGAAUUCAAAGACAUAGCAUAUUAGUUUGGAUUAUCAGUAUACAAAGGGAUCUUUUAGCACCUUAGAGACUGAGAGAAAAGAAUUGGUAGCAUAAGAUUUCAUAGAGUAAAUGUUUGUCUGCAACAGUGAAAAGACUUGAAGUCACUACUGUAGUCAAAAUGCACAAGGAUGUCCCAUGAGUAUCCUGAGUUUCACGCUGGAUUCAGCAGGUAUAUGCUUGGACCUGAGACUGUUCUAAGGCUAAAAUAUAGUGGAGUAUCCUAUCCUGUGUAGGUGUGGCCCAAGUCUAUUUCUCAGAUUGCUGGAGCAAAGUGCCUAGGAACAAACCUUUAUAGGCUGGCUGUGUAUGUGAGUAGCCAUAGAAGAGUAAACAGAGGGGCCUAAAUCCUGUUGGUUAGUCCUUACUAGAGUAAACCCAUUAGAUCAGGCAUGGGUAAACUUCGGCCCUCUGGGUGUUUUGACUUCAACCCCCACAAUUCCUAACAGCCCAUUGGCUGUUAGGAAUUGUGGGAGUUGAAGUCCAAAACUCCCAGAGGGCCGAAGUUUGCCCACGCCUACAUUAGAUCAUUUAUUUGAUAGUGUGUCAACAUGGGCAUAAGUCCCUUGAUCCAACAUUUCUACUCUAGUGGGAAUUAGCAGUAGGAUUCAGGCUGCUGGUGUCUAGUACAUUGUGCCUUUCUCCCUUCCCAAAAUUGAUCUUGUUUUAGUGAGUUCAGUAGGAAAGGCUGCAACCCAGUCUCUGCGCUUUCAUAGUCUUCCCACUUCUUUUUAAAAAAUCUAUGUGUGAGUAAAAACCUUUGCAUGCAUAUUGGAGAAUCCUAUCUUCUACACGGCUAUUAGACACAGUAGAUCAUGGGUUCUUAACCUUUUUUGUUCCAAGUACUCUUUAGCCAGUCAGAUAAAAAGCACAGACACCUUAUCAGAAUGUAGCAGCAGCAGAUAGUGCUUUAAUAGAGUUGCUGUCAGUUUUCCGGGCUGUAUGGCCAUGUUCCACAAGCACGUUUUGCUUUCCUCUAUGGCAGGCAUCCUCAGAGGUUGUGAGGUCUGAGACCUCACAACCUCUGAGGAUGCCUGCUAUAGAUGCAGGCAAAACAUGCUUCUGGAACAUGGCCAUACAGCCUGGAAUACUCACAGCAACCCAGUUAUUCCGGCCAUGAAAGCCUUUGACAACACAGUGUUAUGACACUCAACAUAAAUAUGUCUUUACAUUAAUUUUUUAGGAUUAUUCAAAAUUACAUUAAUAAUUUUAAUGCAUUGAUUCAAGUUCAUAGAUCCCCUAAAAGACACCCCCAAAUCCAUUGACCCCUGGUUAAGAACCCUUUCUUUAGAUACGUCUUUAGAGGUUGGGAAGAAAACUACUACAUGUUUGCGCUGUUGUAAUUCUCUCUGUCAUCCUCAAGUGUGUUGCCAUAAAACAGAGGGGGUGUCUUAACAACAAGCAAAUGUUUGUCUCAUGCUGACUGUACCAUGGCUAUGUCUGUCUCAUCAUUUCUUACCCUCAGAUAAAGUAUUUAUAUCUGUCCUAGGAAGAAAUUCACACAUGUAUUUGACGAGACAUUUACAUAAAUCUAUGAUUGUGCUUUUCUAGUGUCACUUAUAAUGUGAGGUUAGUAUUGUUGUAUGAAACCACUAUCAUAAAAAAAUUCGUUUAAAAUGCCUCCAUCAAGCCAACUACAAUAAUUGUGUUUUUUGCCCAUGUAUAGACUGUGCCAUUUUGUAACAGCAUUUUUAUUUGUAAAAACCAGCACUUUUAUGUGAUUUUUAAAGAAGAAAAGAUAAAUCAAAGAAAUUAGUUUUAAUGUUAACAGAGUGUUGUCUUCAUUUCCUAUACAAAGUAGAACAUUUUAUGUAAUGUUGCUCGUGAUAAGCACUUUGGGGGGAGAGCUGGGGAUGUGGAGAUGUGUUUUUAUAUAAGUCUUACAUUUUGUAUAUAUUUAUAUAUGCUUCUUUUUAUAGAUUUUAAUUCCUUAUACCAUAAUGUAUAUCUUGCUGAUUUUACUGUACUUGGCAUCUAUCUGUUGUGUACUGUAUGCCUAAGAAAAAGAAUUAGAGUGCCUUUUUUCUAUUAAUAUGUAUAGUUUUGUGAUUGGUUACAGUUACAUUUCAUAUAAUCAUAAGUUAUUUUUUGUCUUGUUUUAUGAAGUCUUUUUAUAAAUAUGAAAGGUGAAAUGAAGGGUUUAUGCACAUGAUAAAGAAAAUAAAGUGAAAACUGGAAUUUAUAACACA